AUGGGGAAAUUCAGAAGUAUCCUUCUUUUGUGCCUUGGCUUUCUUCUAGUCCAUGUAAGAGGUCAACGUGAUUUUGAUUUAGCUGAUGCUCUUGAUCACCCAGAGGACAUAAUUACCCGGAAGCCUACAGUGAUCAGAAGACCGACAAGGCCUGUGCUGAACAAUGAUCUGCAUUUAGAAGAUGCUCUUGGUGGGGGUGACAUCCCAAGAAAACCUUUAUACCCACCUCUUCCGCCACGACCGGGAAGCCAUAGUAAUUCUGGAGGUUUUGAUGACUCAGAUCUCCUUGAUGGGAAGCCUUUACCACCGCACAUAACAGGAGAAGAGGAGCAUCAUUUCAACCAUGGAGGAAACACGGAUUCAGGAUUAAUAGCUGGAGUUACAUCUCCUAUAAUUUCUGCUUUUGUAAUAUUAGUCGUUGGAUCGAUAGCGGCCUACUCCGCUUAUAAGAACAAGAGACUUUGUUUCAAACCACAUGCAAAGUGA